AUGGCCGAAGAAACCUGCUGCGGGUGCGUCACUCUCGACGAAGACAAUGAGUACGACAUGGGGUUUCAUAUCGGCUCCAUCUUCAUCAUUUUCGCUGUAUCGGCCGCCGGCACUAUGAUCCCGAUCAUCUCGCAAAAGAUUCCUCAAUGUAAGGCCAACUCAAUCAUCAUGGAAGCCAUCAGCGCGUUCGCCUACGGUGUGGUCAUUGCCACAGGUCUCAUCCACAUGGUCAACGAGGGGAUUGAGAAGCUAAGCAACGAAUGUCUCGGAGCUGUCGUGGAAAACUACGAGAGCCUGGGUCUCGCCUUUGUGCUGAUCACUCUUGUGGUCAUGCACCUCAUCGAGUGCGAGAGCACAGUAUUCUUCGGUGCUCAGGGCUCAAUGCUCCAUGGUCACGGUCACGCCCACGGCGAGGUGCUCGUACAGGAAGCCGUCAUUACUCCGGAAGGCGCGAUGACUCCGCGACCAGCUGAUCAUCUUUACCACGAUAAGUCUCUGGACCACAGUGAUCACGACUCUAAGAUCCGUCGCAAAAUUGCCACAUUAAUCUUCGAAGCCGGGGUCAUUUUCCACUCCGUCAUCAUCGGUCUUGGCCUUGGUGUGACUACCGGCUCGGAUUUCAAGACACUUCUAGCUGCUCUAUGUUUCCACCAAUUCUUCGAAGGUGUCGCUAUUGGCACGUCUGCUUUGAGCUCGCUGGAGAGUAAAAGUAAACUCUUUAUGGUUAACUUCGCAUUUGCUAUCACCACUCCAAUCGGCCAAGUGAUCGGGAUCGGGAUCCGUAGCACGUACUCAGACUCAUCGACGACUGCGCUGUGGGUUCAGGGAAUCUUGGACUGUGUCGCUGGUGGCAUUCUGCUGUACACGGGUCUGGUAGAGCUGCUGACAUACAACAUGACCACGAACGGCCAAUUCCUAUCACGUCCGGCGGCACAGCGCUUCACGCUAUACAUCUCUCUGUGGCUGGGUGCCGGUUUGAUGGCACUCAUCGGCAAGUGGGCGUAA